AUGAAGACUACGAGAUACUCGACAUCACGGCAAAAAUCAUGCCAAUCAUGCUCCAACGCCAAAGCAAAAUGCGAUCGCAAGGCAACAUCAUGUAGCCGAUCUGCACAUGCACUCCUCGACUUCUCACAUGUCGAUCUCGUGUGUCCCAUUAACGCGAAUGACAUCCAAAACCGCUGGCUCAAACCCUACAUAGAGGUAGCUGUCCUCGGGCAAACGGCCAAAACGCUUUCCCCGAGCAUUACAGCCUUCACAUACAGAAUCCUCAAAUCGUACGCGGCUAUUGCGGUCCGAGGCGGCGGCCAUGAUAGCAUCCCGCCAUUUCUACACUCAGUUCAUGUGCUUCACACAUUACCAAACACACCAGCGCUCUCGACUUGCUUAAGCCUGAUUCGGAGCUGCGAAAACCCGCUGCCUGGCAGCGAAGGAGUCCUUGCCGAGGUUUUGCAGCGCGAGAUGAACAAGCUCUACGAGCAAUACGGCCACAACACUUGCGAUGAUGAUGAUGAUGAUGAUUCGGCGCAGCUGCUUGCGGCAUUCCAGGCUUACUUGGUGUACACCUUGGUCUUGUACUACCGACUCCAUGUCGGCCGGGAUGCUGCGGACCACCCUUUCCUCCGACUACAACAAGCAAUGAUGCAUCUCCAGGAGAUUGCAUGCGCCUGUUCGGCGCGGGGGCUUGUGUGCUCGGCCGAAUUGCAAGACGGAGCACAAGGAGCCCGGCGGCCGAGGUGGGAAACGUGGAUCGUGGCCGAGACGAAACGGCGAACGCUCUACACCAUGUAUCUUUUGGACAACAUGCUCACUGCCAAAGAGGGUCUUCCGACUUUUCUCGGCACCGAGUUGCGAGGACUACCGGCGCCAGCAAGCAAAGCUCUGUGGCAGGCAUCAGCUCGGGAUGAGUGGGAAAAGGCAUAUAACUUGCACUUGGCCGAGUGGUACCCUGAGGGUGGUGGUGGCCUCCUUUGCAUCGAUGAGCUUUGGGCAAUCCCAGCAGACAUGGAUGAGGCCGGCUUGGGUGAAAGGCGCAGGAGAGUGGACCGGUGGUUGGAGGGUGUCGAUGAGUUUGGGACAAUGAUAGAGAAAGCCGCGGAGCAACCGUAUUGCAUCUUUGAUAAGCGACAGAAAGCCCUAAUCGUCGUUAUAAUUUCUGUCGCUGCAACAUUCUCGGGCUUUGCGUCGAAUGUAUACUUUCCCGCUCUACCUACUAUCGCCAAGGACCUCAAUGUUUCCAUCGAGCUCGUCAACUUGACCGUCACCUCGUACCUCAUCUUCCAAGGCAUAGCGCCAAGCUUGUGGGGCCCCAUCUCGGAUGUGAAGGGACGCCGGAUCACGUACUGUUGCACCUUUGUGGUCUUUCUCGGCGCCUGCAUUGGUCUGGGAGAGGCCAAGAGCUAUGCUGCGGUGCUCGUGUUGCGAUGCCUCCAGAGCACGGGCAGCGCGAGCACCAUCGCCAUCGGCUCGGGCGUGAUUGGAGACAUCACGACGCGUGAUGAGCGUGGCGGCUUCAUGGGCAUCUUCCAAGCAGGAUUGCUCGUGCCUGUGGCUGUGGGACCGAUUAUCGGAGGCGCGCUGGCGGACCGUUUAGGGUGGAGGGCCAUCUUUUGGUUCUUGGCCAUCUACAGCGGUGUUUUCGUCGUGUCCUUGAUUCUCUUGAUGCCCGAGACACUGAGGUCGGUUGUUGGCAAUGGGAGCCGGAUUCCGUCGAACCCCAUCGCCCGGUAUCCGCUUGUCGUCUACCAAAGAACUAGCCGCGUCAAAUGGGACGUCGCCACCGAGCCCGCGGCAAGAAAACGCAUCGACCUUGUCGGUCCCUUUCGGAUUCUUGUCAGCAAACAAGCCGCGCCCGUCAUCGUCUUUCUCGCUGUUUAUUACGCUGUUUGGCAGAUGAGCAUCACGGCCAUGUCCACUCUCCUUGAGGACCGGUAUGGGCUUGGGGAGACCGAAAUUGGUCUGAGCUUCAUCGCCAAUGGUGUAGGAUCCAUGGUCGGGACGCUGGUCAUGGGAAAGGUCCUUGACAAUGACUAUGGCCGCAUCAAAGCCCGGUAUGAGUCUCGGUCCAACUCGGCCCAUGACGCCGACGGUGAUGGUGAUUCGGACGGCACUAAUUUCCCCCUCGAAAAGGCGCGUCUGCGCCUGGUCCCGAUCUUUGCUCUCCUGCAGUGCGCAUCCAUCACUUUAUUUGGCUGGACCAUUCAGUACGCGCAAAAGGUGCACAUGGCGGUACCGAUUGUGUCCACCUUCAUCACGGGCUGGACGGCCAUCGCCACCCAAUCCGUCAUCAUGACCUACCUUGUCGAUGUGUUCCACGACCGCAGCGCAGCCGCCAGUGCGAGCCUGAACCUCGCCCGGUGCCUGUUCGCCGCCGCCGGUACGAGCUCUGUGAUGCCCAUGGUCAAUGCCCUUGGCGUCGGGCUAGCCUUCACCGUCUGCGUCGUGGCUCAGCUCGUCGCGCUGCUGGGGCUGGCGGUGCAGUGGAGAUUCGGUGCCAGAUGGAGGAGAGAGCUUGAGAGACGGAGAUAG